UUGAUCGUGCUUUUUAUAAACAAAUGCUAUAGUUUAUAAGAAAAAAAACUGACAGCUUUCGUAACUUCACAAAAUUUUAAGUUGCUGAACAAUUUGCUCAAAAAUUUUGUAGUGGAAUAUAACUUUUAGGACCUGAAUUAAAAUUCUAGUCAAGAUGGGAAAAUAUAAAAUACCAUCUGUUCAGUAUUUUCUAAGUAAAAAGACCAUUUAUGGUGAAAAGAAGGAUCCGGUAUGGGUUUAUUUGGAAAGGGAAAUGAGAGAAAAUAUUGAAAAUAAACCAUACAACGAAAAAGUAGGAGCUUGGCUUAGAUAUCUCAAAGAAUUGAGAUAUUAUUUCUAUCGUGAAGCGAAAAGAAAGGAGAAAAGUAUUAACGAUGAAGUAGGGCCGCCUUGGUAUAUAGAGUUGUCUAGUUGUCAAAGAGACGUUUUAAAUGAUCUAAAAACCAAUAUUCAUCAAGAUUUGCUUGAGGAUUUACCCAAUAGAAUUAGAAAAUCUUUAUCUGAUCUGGGUGUGACCUUAAAAAUACCGAGAAAGAUUUUAAUGCAAGCUAUGAACGAUUCGGUUGAAGACCCCGGUAUAUUUAUUUGGAAUCUUUAUAGAGCUGUCUACAAAAAGUCACCAAGCGAAUUAAGAGGAAGAUACGAUAUGAAUUCUAUGAUAUUAAUGUCAAGUCUAGUAUUUAUCGACCUAGAAGAAUGUAUUCAAGAAUUAGAAAAUCUAACGCAAAUGAAAACGCCUCCACCCCCUGUUCCGCAAGAAAGUACGUAUUUAUUAUUGUUAAUAAAACCACUAUGACGGA